AUGACGGUGGUAGUGGCAGUGACGGUGACUGUGGCAACUGUAGAGAAGGAAAAAGAGAAAGUGGAGGUGGAAGUGGAGGUAGAGCUGGAAGUGGUGGCGACGAAGAAGGUUAUCGAGGAAGGGGAAUACGGCAAGGAGGCGGAGAGGAAAAGGAAAAGUCGCGUACGGCGUCUGAAACUCGAGUCUUGGAUCGAUAAGAAAAAAUGGAAAAAGGAGGGGGGAAGAGAGAGAGAGAGGGAGAUUAGCAGGAGGAUGGGAGAGAUUGAAAGGCGACGAGAAGAAGAAAUAGAUGAGAAGAGAAGAGAAAAUAUACGCGGUUCUCCCGGUAGAUACGAACGCGGCAAGGCCGAGAGAAGGAACAGUAAAAUUGUGGAGAAUGUGUACGCGCCAUCAGGGUGGCCUAGAUUCAGUCAAGACCUGCUUUCUAGGCAGCAUUUCUCUUUAUCAUCGGUACCGCUGGUACAAUGUAUGGGUAAACCGUUGCUUGCCGCACGAUCACGGAGAAAAUCUCAGAUGCAUACAGUGCACCUUACUAAUGAUUAUACAUACUUAUUAACGAUUCUUCCAAUUGUUUUAUCAAUGAUUUAUUAAAUAAUUUCUGCUCGUAUAAAUGCGUAAAAUUACGUUUCCUUUCACCCCGUACCUUUAUCGUAGCCUAUUUUGAUCUAUUGGAAACAGUCAACGAAAAACGUAUCGUUACUACAGAAUACAAUUAUCAUAGAAAUGUGACCAUCAUUUCAAGCUCACAGUGCAGUAUGAAUAAUAUGAAUAAUAAAUACUGCUGUAUAUUCUUUAUUCAAGAGUAUCCUAUUAUAGAAAAUAUACGCCUAAUAUUUUCUGUAAGUGAAAAAUAAAAUUAAUGAGAGAUGAAAAAUGAAACAGGAACAGGGGGAAAUAGAGAAAGAAAGUUCGUGCGAAAGAUUUGCGAAAAGUAAUUAUUGGUGCACGAUUUACGUUUUACGAGUAAUUUUGCACCAAGACAUGAUACUAGUUGUGUUUUCCUUCGUAUAUGGCUACAGAGUACGCGCAAACAUUAAAUAAGUGUUUCCUGCGCAUACGUAAUCGUUGAUUAUUGGACAGUUAUCGUGCACGUGACCUACCGUAAUCGGCGACAGCGAUUCGAACGUGCACGCGGCAACUGUUCCAAAUCCUCAUGGAGAGAAGACACGAGGCGCGCGUGGAGGGACGUGUAAUUCGUCUUUCCGAAUGCGACAGGUCGUUAAACGUCGUGGAUCAUUGCCACGCACACCUAUACGAGUACACACACCGAAUUGACCAGCUGUUCGGGGCUAUAGGUGAAGCGGACGAAAGUCAAAACAAUACGCGCGAGCCAUAUAUCCGUAAACGCGAUGUAAAAUGUCGCUUGUGGAAGAUCGACAGAAAUUUCACACCCAAUUCUCUAUACAGCUAUCGUUUACGGAUUCUUAUUCGCAGAGCCAAUAUAUCUUUCAAUACAUUUCAGUAACGCAUGUAUACACGCGAUAUGUCGGAAUAACAAGUAGCAACAUGAAACUAGUAGAAUUUUAAUGCUAUAUUUAUGCGUUUGUUCUCGAACAAAAGGAAUAAUUAAGAUGCGAUCGUGAGAUGUAAUGAA